AUGCGUCUUUCACUCGCUUUGUCUGUUUUGCCUCUGGUCCUCUCUGUUGGAGCCAUUACCAUCACCGAGCCUACGAAGGAUUCUGUUAUCGCUUCCUCGAGCUCCCUGGACGUGAAGUGGACUUAUGUCGAUACCGAUGCCACGAGCUUGGAUAUCUACCUCGUCAACAACGCAGUCUAUCCUCCUGUGAGCAAGAAGCUUGCCUCGGACAUUAGCACCUCCGAUGGCUCGCACACUGUUAACGUCGGCAGCAUUGCCGCUGGACAAGAUUACCAGAUUAACAUUGUGUCCGAUGUCAACAACGGUAUCCUUGCCCAGAGUGGCCAGUUCAACGUGACUUCGUCCGCUAGCGAGUCUACCUCGUCUACCUCUACCUCUACCUCAUCUGCUACCAAGUCCACCAAGUCCAGCGAGUCCACUGCUACCUCUGCCGAUGCUGUGUCGACCACCUCGACUGAGACCACUACCUCCGGUACCUCUACCUCUACCUCUACUUCUACCGGCACUGCGGUCACCAGCGGCAGCACAACCGCCUCGGUCUCUGGUUUGAAGACCUCUGCUUCGUCUGCUAGCUCCACCGCUGCUACUUCCGCUCCUUCCACUGGUGCUGGCUUCGUUGUCGCUGCGCGCCCUGCUGCUGCUCUUGGAGUUAUCGGUGGUGCUCUGGCAUUCCUGCUGUAG